ACACACCCAGUAUGUCCAAACACACCAAUCACAGAUGGCCAGACUGCGUACUUCCUGUUGCUGUGAGGUAGAAGCAUGCAGUGCCAGUGAGGGUGAGGUGAGUGAAGGGCUGAAAUACUGAAACAAGCUGUAGCAAUCACUGUCAGUUUUCGAGACGAGACGGGAUCUUGCGCACAGACUCAAACUGAUAUUUACAUUGGGACUAAAAAGUGCUGGAGGGAAAAAGAGAAGAAAUAGCAGGAGGGGAGGAAGAUAAGUGUCAAUCUGUUCAGACUUGUUUGGGAAUUUGAGAAGGAGGGGAGGAGGGAAAAGGAGAGAGAGAGAGAUCGCUGUAAGAUUCUUUGCCUGUGUUGAAAACUUUUCUUUUUUAAGUAAGAUGAUCAGAUUAAGUAGUAAAGAGAGAGGCAGGAUAAUUAAAUCAGUGUGUUGUGUGUUGAUUUGAUCUCGACUUUGGUUCAGUCAGUGGGCAAACACUGAUAUGUGGAAUGUCUGUGAGUUGUGCAACUUCUUCAAGCUUCACAGUGUGUAAAAAGAGACUGGGGUGAGAGAGAGAGAGAGAGAGAGAGGAGCGUCUCUCAAGACACUCUCAGGUUCUCUGUGUUAUCAUGGAAACCACUAAAUGUAAUUGGACCACCCGGGACACUGUGCACAUGCCAUUCCCUUAAGUUGCACUAAAGAGGUUGUAUUAAUCAACUGCAUCAAAAAAUUAUCACCCUACCCCUAAGGCUAUCUGCUAAAGUGACUAAAAGAUGGAUCCAAUUAGGGAAAAGCCAAGAAACGGAGGAAGAGAAACAAGGCCGGAUUCAUACGACAGGACAAGGGACAAAGAAAGAUUACCCGCCACCAGAGGAAAAGGCGAUGAGGUGGACUGGAGAAACAGAGAGAAAAGAAAAUAUGCUGAUAGACGUCCAAAUGGAAGGGCAUCCUUGGCAGAACAAGCUGAUUAUGAAGAACAAGAGAACGGGAGGAGGAAAGGCGACACUUUCCCCAGGAUGACAAAGCCAACCAAAGACCGAGAUGGAAGGAUACUGCUUCCAGUCCAUGAACGGGAGGGGGGAUAUCGUAUGGGAAUACCGAAGGAAAUGUUGUAUGAAUUUGAAAGAGAAAGAGAGAGGGAACGAAGAAGAUACAGGGAGGUGGACACACCAAGUGAAAGAGAAAGAACACGAUACAAGGAAGACUUGAGGAGAAACGACAUGAGAAGGCCUGUUAAGGAUGAGUCAGAGAGACGGCGGGACAGAGAGAAGGAGUUUGACUCGGGAAUGAAGGAUGGAAGGAGAGAGAGCUCCUCAAGUGUCAAUGACCAGUGGGGCAUCAAGGAACGAGAGAGAGACAGAAGAGACAGAGGGGACGACAGAUAUAGACAAAAAGAUAGAGAGGGCAGGUAUUACCUUCGAGAGACUGAGAGCUUCUCCGACAGAGAAUGGAGGGUUGAGAGACCCAGAGAUACAGAUAGAGAUAAGAAAAGAUACACGAAGAGUGAAGGGGACAGCGAUGAAGAGAGGGGAAAGGACAAGAGGAGAAAAGAUGAUUAUAAUGGCGAACACAAGCACUGCAAAAGUGAAGGAGACAGUGAAGCACAACGAAUAGCGGACAGAAUUAGAGAGAGAGACAGACGGAGAGAUGCAAAUAGACAGCGAGAGGCGGGUUCUGAAGAUCGAAAAGGUGAACGACUGGAACAUUACAGAGAGCCGGAGAGGGACAGAACAAGAGAUUCCAGAGAAAAAAGAAGAGAUUACUUCGACAGAGAUGCAUACGCGUACGCAACUGAGAGAAGAAGGUAUAAAAAUGAAGAAAAGACUAGAUAUUUAGGGCAAGCAGAGAUUGAAGAAAGGGAAAAAAGGAGGAGAGAAAACAGAGAGAAAGACAGACCACGCGAAGAAAGGACCUCAGGAGGUGAUGUUGAGAAUGAACAAAGAAGAGGAAUAAGAGAAAAGUUUGAGGAAAGAGAGAGCCAGAUCACAUCUGACAUUGAUAAACAGAAAGUUGAAGUCAAAACAGAGAAAGAACUGGAGGGAACGAGUGCGCCAAGGAAAGAAGAGGAAGUUGGAAGCGUUGCAGUUAAGGAAAUAAAUACAGACAAGCCAAAGAGCAGGUUUAGGAAAAUGUGGCUGGAACCACGAACAUUAAAAGAGAGAAAAGAUGAAGAAGAGUAUAUAGAGCGAGAAAAAGCAAAAGAGAGGUAUCUCCAAAGAUACAAGUCGAACACAACAACUGCAGAUGUAGAAGAUCAUGAGAGAGAGAAAGACAGAGAGAAAAUCGUGAGUCUUGAGGACAGGUAUAGAGAAUUAGAGAAGGCCGGGGAGUUUGUGAGGUAUGCGUCUGUAGAGCAGGAGAAAGAAAAGAUAACUCAUGACAGAGAGGCUAUGGAGCCAGAGAGAGAGAACGUAGAGGAGAUUGACAAGGAGGAAACAAGAGGGAAUGGUAGAUAUGACAACAUAGGGAACGAAGAAGGAAGUGAGGGAGAAUCUGAGGGAGAUAAAGAUAGAGUGAUGUCAAUUGAUGAUGGAUUUGUGACAGUUUCCAGUGGCGGGGACGAUGCAGAGGAAGAUGAUUUCGAAGACUGCAAAGAGUUUUGGGAUGGUGGAGUUGGUGAUGAUCAGUCAGAGUGUACGCAGGAAGAAAUGACAAGCCAAACAGUGAAUGAGAGUGAGGACCAGAAAGAACCUUUAACAGUCUUUUGCGUAAUCGGUCAAACUCUUCCCAGGUCACAAACCAAACCCGCUUUUGAAGACAACACAGAUGAGGAGGCAACCAAUCAGCUUUCAGAUCAGGACUUGGACAACCAGGGUGAAGUGAAUGUUACAAAUAUUAAUGAAGCCACUGAAAACAUAGAAAUAGGGAUGAAUGAUCUCACUCUUUCACAAACAGAAGAUGGUUGUGACACCAAAUGGGAGGGAAGAGGAAGUUAUGAGCAGCCAACACAGGAUGUAAGAUCACUUGAUGAUCAAAUGAUUCCUCCCAAUGAAAUAUCAGAAAAAGACACCCAGUCAGUCCCACCAGAACCAUUGGAAAGCUCAGAGCCAUGCAAUAACAAUGCUAUUGUUGCUACAGAGACUUCAAGUGAAAGCUUAUUAAAAGGAUCUAUUGGUGACACAUUGGAAAUAAUAAAUUCAGACGACAACUGGUACACCUCAGAGGAAAGAAAGCGAUGCUCUACUGCUCCUCACCUUAAAUGGGCCAAGGACGUGGUGAAAGAGAUCCUGGGUCCAGAUGUAACAGCGGACAAAGAAAACACGAGAGGUAGUGUGACACACACAGACAUGCAAUCCAACACACAAACAGAGGUUAAGGCAGACACCGACGAUUCGAGGGAGGAGAAAGAACCGAUAGAGGGAGAGGUAGAGCACCAGGGAGGGAUGGAGACAGAGUCUAAUGAGGGAUCUGAGGAAGAUUGGCUAGAUCCUGAUUGUCCUGUCAAGUACACGUUGUCUUCAGAAGGAGAGACAGAAAGUGAGAGAGGGGAACUUGUGACUAAGAAGACAGAUAGUAUAAAGGAAGUCGUUCUGAGCUCGAACAGUUUUCGAGAUUUGGGCAAUGAGGCUCGGAUAAGGAGGCGAGGGUUCCGAAAGACAACGGAGAAACACAAAGAAGGUGAAGAGGAAGAAGGAGUUGCAAGGGACCGCAGGACAAGAGUAUUCAACACAUCAGAUGAGGAUGAUGAUGAACUGUGCUUCACCUGGAGUGAAGUGGAUCUGAGGAAAGUGAGUGAAACACUCAACAGGACAAAAAAAAGAAAUUCCAAAUUCUUUAACUCUCAGUUAUAUCAGGAAUACAGCGAGGUGGUCCAGAACAGAGAGAUUCAGCUGUCUCAUUCUGAUUCCAUAGCGAUAAGCGGAGAUCCUACCCCCAUCCGAUCAUCUUCUUCUCCCAAUCACUCUCCUAAGUUUGCACAUAGGGCUCUCCCACCUCCUCCUCCAGUCCCGCUACACCCCUACACUCUGUCCCAAAACAACAAAAGUCUCAAUGUACCUCAGCAAUCCCAAAUCAGACCUCCGUCUCCUCGCUUGUCCAUCUCUCCCUCCUCACCCACACUAUGGCAGGAUCUCCCUGGAGUGAGGAGCAGCGCAGAGCUUGGGGAGGUUACUGAAGAUGAGAGACGUCUGCAGGAGGUGAGGUUUGAGGUUGUGACCUCAGAGGCAUCAUACUCCCGCAGUUUGGACAUUGUAGUGGACAACUUUGUGUUGUCCAAACAGCUCAAAUCCCUCCUGUCUGCUCAAGACAAGAACUGGCUCUUCUCCAAGCUAAGUGAUGUCAGAGACGUCAGUCAAAGUUUUCUGUCUAAGCUGGAAGAAAGAGUGGAGAGCGACGUAAUGCACUUUAGCGUCUGUGACAUCAUCAUCAAUUUUUGUCCGCAAUUCCGAAAGGUUUAUGUGCCGUACCUUACCAACCAAUCCUAUCAGGACAAAACGUAUCAAAGACUAAUGGAUGGGAAUCAUGAAUUCCGGAGAGUUGUGGAAAAGUUAGAGCGUAACCCUGUCUGUCAACGACUGCCUUUACGCUCAUUCCUCAUCCUGCCAUUCCAAAGAAUCACACGCCUUAAACUACUUGUGCAGAAUAUUGCAAAGAGAACGGCUCCUAAGACCAAGGAUGAGGCCCAGGCCAUUAAGGCAAUGAAACUGCUGGAGAAGAUGAUCCAGGAAAGUAAUGAGAGCAUCUCUCAAAUGAGCAACAUUGAGUCACUUGUAUCCCUUAAUGCAAAAGUUGACUUUGAGUGCAAGACUCUGCCGUUGAUCAGUCAGUCCCGCAGGCUUGUACGAGAGGGACCCGCAACCGAACUGAGGGACUUCUCUCAGAAGGAUAUCGAGAGAAAUAUUUAUUUGCACCUUUUCAAUGACUAUCUCCUGGUCUCAUUACGGAAAGAAGGAGGAAAGUUUACAGUUAUAGAUCAUGCACCUGUCUCAGAUCUGCGUGUUGAGAACUGCAAGUUCAAACUGCAUUCAUUAAAGAGAAACCUGUUUCUACUGCACAUGGUCAACAAGUCUUUGCUGUUACGAACAGAUACAGAAGCUGAUAAAAAACGCUGGAUAUCAGCACUUUCACGGCCGUAUCCCGAGAUCGACUUCAGUGCAGCUCAGGACGUUAAACAAGUGCAGUGCAUCAAAGCCUAUGCCGCCCAGCAACCAGAUGAACUCAAUUUGGAGAAAGCCGAUGUCCUGUUAGUGCACGAGCAGAGUUCAGACGGUUGGGUGGAAGGAACGCGUCUAUCCGACAGGCAGCGUGGUUGGGCCCCGGACUCACACGUGGAGACGAUAGUCAGUGACAAAACCAAAAAGCGCAACCUGCUGGACACAAUGAAAAUUGCUACCGCUGCAAUGUGAGCUACUGUUGGUGCCAUCAAGGUGCACAGGUUCUCAAUAUUUUAAGUAUUAAAGUCUUAUCUGAAACGACCUGCAAGAAUGUUUUUAUUUAUUUUCAAGCUGAUGGGGGUGACGUGCUCACACCCAUGUGUGCAAUGUUCUCCAAACCUUUGUGCUGGACGGUUCCUUUCUGCUACAAAUUUAAGUGCCUAUUGGGAGACCCUUUAUCUACAGCGACUUGCAUUCAAGCUAUACAUUUAUCAGCAGGUGUGGGGAUUCGAACCCAUGACCUUUAUGCUGCUAAUGGAGUUACAGAGACUAUAUCUGUGCAGCUUCCUCAGUGUUUAUGUACAACAUCAUGUGAAGGCUGUCUUAUAAUUCGAAGCGGGGACUCAUGGGAGCACCUGGAGGAUGUUUGGGUUUGGACUACAGCCCGUCAUCUUUAGUAUGAACGAGUCGCCUUGUUGAAAAAGCGCAACGGCUGAACAUAAAACAUGAAUGAACUGACAUGAAAUUUUGUAAACAUCAAAUCCUCUUCGCAGUGGAAUGUAAACCCUGCCGGACUGCAACGGGAAUGAUUUUUGCUGUGCUUCAGGAAAAAUAAAAGUGGACAUUUCAUGUGUUUAAUGUAUGCAGUUUAUUUCAAGGGCACACUUGUGUGUGUAUAAUUGUGAUGUUUAUAUUAAUUAACAAUCAUGUAUUAUGGGUGAAUCUACUUUUAAAGAUCAAAAAUAGGGAACAAUACAAAUGUGUCCACACAUACAAUGACUAUGCAAUGUACAUAAUAUAGUUUUUUAUGUGUAAAGUAGUAUGUUUUCUUGGAGAAAUUUCAUAAAAACUGUUUCCUAUUAAAAAUUAUUGUCA